AUGCUUGGCCUUGAGAGAAGGCAGGUGCAGAUUCAAAUUGGAGAGGGUGAGAAGGAAAGGAAAAAAUGGGACAAGAGCGAAAUUCGGUCAGAGUCUUGGGAGCUCUUGGCCAAGGAGAAGAAAGCGAGUGAACGCGGGCUCUGGGAGAUUUGCCCAGAACGAAGUAUUCUUGGAAAGGGCGGGAUUCGUCAGCCGAGACAUUUAGGACCCACGUUGGCGGGAAUUGGGUCUUGGCUGGCGGAGGGAGGACGUGCGCCAAUCGAGAUUGUCUAUUGGGAGUAUUAG